AUGUCGCAUCAAGUCAAAAUCCCACCCGUCGGAGAAUCGAUCACCUCUGCUCUCGUCGCUACUUGGCAUGUCACCGAUGGUGCUAACGUGAGCAAGGGCGAGAAACUCAUGAGCAUGGAGACCGACAAAGUGUCGAAUGAGCUCGAGGCCGAAGUGCAUGGCGUCAUUAAAAUUAUCGUGCCAGAAGGCGAGGAGGUCGCUAUUGGCACCGUGGUCGCCGAAAUCUCUGAAACAUCUCCCUCAAGCUCAGAGGCAACCACGGACUCAUCAGAAAAAGAGUCAAGCCAGGCCGAGGCAAAGCUCUCUCCACUUCCCGCUGAAAAAAUGGAAGCUAAAGAUCCCAUCGCAAUUGUCGUGCCUCCCUUCGGCGAAUCAAUUACCUCCGCCACGGUGGCGAAAUGGCAUGUGACCGAAGGAGCAUCAAUCAACAAAGGCGAUAAACUUGUCUCACUAGAAACAGAUAAAAUCUCGAACGAUCUCGAUGCCGAAACCAGCGGCUCUGUAUCGAUUACGAUCCAAGAAGGAGAAGACGUAGAAAUUGGAACAGUGCUCGGCGAAAUCACCCCCGGUGCUGGAACCGCUGAGGCGAAUGUUCCCUUUGCCGAAGGAGCUACAGAAAAACCUGCUUCUUCCGGAUCCGAUCAGCCUGCUGAUAAAGUUGUCGAUCUCGCUUCAGCCUCGCAGAGCGCUGCUCCCAGCAGCGCCAAGCCAGUGGACACUGAACCGAACGAUGAUGAAUCUCGGGUCACGCGCAAGAAGAUGACUCCGCUACGCCGAAAAAUUGCCGAUCACCUCGUCAAUGCACAGCAAACCGCCGCCAUCCUCACGACCUUUAAUGAAGUCGAUAUGUCGGCCAUUAUGAAGCUCCGCAAAAGUGUGCAAGAAGACUUCAUCGCCAAGUACGGUGUGAAGCUCGGCUUUAUGUCUCUCUUUGUGAAGGCCGUGGUUCAAGCUCUGAAGGAAGUGCCGCAAGUCAAUGGACGGAUCGAUGGCACAGACAUCGUGCAGAAUCAUUUUUAUGAUAUUGGUGUCGCCAUCGGCACUCCGAAAGGCCUCAUCGUCCCGGUCGUCCGUGAUUGCGAUCAGAAAAGCUUCGCUGAGAUCGAGCAAGCUAUCAUCUCCUAUGCCACCCGUGCGAAAGAAGGCCAGCUUGAGCUCUCUGAUCUACAAGGUGGAGUCUUUACCAUCUCCAAUGGCGGAGUUUAUGGCUCACUGCUGAGCACCCCGAUUCUGAAUCCUCCACAGAGCGGAAUUCUCGGAAUGCACACCAUCCAGCAACGUCCUGUGGCUGUCGAUGGAGAAGUGGUUAUUCGUCCUAUGAUGUAUCUCGCCAUGAGCUAUGAUCACCGAAUCGUCGAUGGAAAAGAAGCGGUCAGCUUCCUCAUUCGGAUCAAAGAUUGCCUCGAAAAUCCAACACGCAUGAUGUUGGAAGUGUAA